UCUCUGGCCCGCCUUGCCCGAACUCAUGGACCAGUCAUGUCUCUCAAGCUUGGCAGCAUCCACACAGUCGUCAUCUCCUCACCAAGCUCCGCAAAAGAAAUCCUAAAAACAAAAGAGCACUCCAUCUCCGGCCGACAAGUCCCUCAGGCCAUUCAAGCCUCCGGCCACCACCAGGUCUCUGUAGUAUGGUUGUCUCGAAACCAAUCAUGGAGAUACCUCCACACCCUCAUGAAGACCCAUCUAUUCAACGCGCAGUCUCUCAACGCCACCGAGGAGCUUCGCCGGCAAAAGGUUCAAGAACUUGUCGCAUAUAUCAAGGGGAAGAAUGAGGAGGCCGUGCACAUUGCCCGGGCGGCGUUUUGCACUGUGCUCAAUCUGAUAUCAACCACCUUUUUGUCGAUUGAUAUCGUAGAUUUGAAAUCUGAAUCAGCUCAAGAGUUGAAGGAUGUGAUGCAGGGGAUAAUGGAAGAGGCGGGGAAACCGAACAUCUCUGACUACUUCACUUUCUUGGCUCCAAUUGACUUGCAAGGCCGGGGACGUCGAUUUACAGCAUACUUUAAUAAAUUAUAUGAUUUUUUCGAUCAAAUGAUAGAAAACCGAUUGGCAGAUACAACUGGAGAAGUUAUAAGGACUAAUCCUGACAUUUUGGAUCUGCUUCUACAACUAAGUCGAGAAGACAAUUCAAAGCUUACUAGACGAACCAUAAAAUCCUUCUUGUUGGUAAUUAUUAAUCAUGCA